AUGCAAGGUACCUGGGUGUUGGUACCUCCUCAUGCUAAUACAAACAUUGUUGGUUCAAAAUGGAUUCAUAAGUUAAAAAGGCACUCCGAUGGUUCCAUUUCUAGAUAUAAAGCACGCCUAGUUGCUCAGGGUUUUAGUCAAGAGGCUGGUUUUGAUUAUGAAGAGACAUUUAGCCCAGUUGUUCGUCAUGCUACAAUUUGUAUCAUUCUCAGUUUGGCAGCUUACAAUCAUUGGUCUCUUUGCCAAUUGGAUGUAAAGAACACCUUCUUACAUGGGGAACUUGAGGAGGAAAUAUACAUGAAGCAACCUCAGGGGUUCGAAGAUCCUUACCAUCCUGACUAUGUUUGUAAACUUCAGAAGUCAUUGUAUGGUUUAAAACAGGUUCCAAGAGCCUGGAAUGCCAAGUUCACUGGUUUUCUUCCUUCGCUUGGGUUCAAGAUGUCUCACAAAUUGUCGUCCGAGCUCCGAUUAGGGAGCAAAAUACCAUUUCGGAAAGGGAAUGAUGCCACGAGUCAAACUCACAGCUUUGCUGUGACGUACGAUGGAUUUUGGCAUUCUGGAGUCGUUUGGCCUUUCAAAACUGCAGUCAAAAGCGGGUCUCUCCCGUCUUGGUAUUCUUGUCUUAUCAUGGGUGAUCGUGAAGCUGAUGUCCCAGCCCCAAUUACUCGAGCGGAUCUGGACGCUCAAAACCAACGGAUCGACAACCUAACCACCCAAUUUGGGGAGAUGCGAGAAUUGUUGUUGCAAGCUCUUGGUGGCAACCAUAGGCGAGGAGGCAGGGAUGACGAAAGAAGAGAAGGCAAGGAUGAUAAUCGAAGAGAAGGUAGAGAUGGCGAGAGAAGAGAUAAUAGGAGGCAACUUAUUCCGGAUAGUGAGUCAGAGUCAGAAGAAGAACUUGAAGAACCACCACCACCGGCUAAUAAUCCUCGUAAUCGUAAUCGUAAUUACGAGAAUUUUGGCGACUAUCGGAUUAAAGCAGAAAUUCCUAACUUUUGGGGAACUCUGAAGAUUGAAGACUUCUUGGAUUGGCUUGUAGAAGUGGAGAGGUUUUUCGAUAUUAUGGAGGUUCCUGAGCAUAAGAUGGUGAAGAUGGUAGCUUUCCGUCUUAAAGCUACAGCGGCUGUUUGGUGGGAUCAAUUGCAAAAUUUACGGCAGAGGCAAGGAAAGCAGCGGGUUCGAACAUGGCGGAAGAUGAAGUCGCUUAUGAUGGAACGAUUCUUGCCCACAGAUUAUGAGCAGAUUCUCUACCGUAUGUACCUAGGCUGUGCGCAAGGCACCCUUUCAGUUUCUGAAUAUACCGAAGAAUUCAUGCGUUUGGCAGAACGAAACCAUUUGACUGAGACUGACAACCAAAAGGUCGCGAGGUACAACAAUGGGCUGAAGAUUUCCAUCCAGGAAAAAAUUGGUAUGCAGAAUAUAUGGACUUUGCAGGAGGCGAUUAACAUGGCAUUGAAGGCUGAAUUGUUGGAGAAGGAGAAACGCCAACCCAACUUCCGCAGGAACACGACGGAAGCCUCUGAAUACACUGCUGGUGCUUCUAGUGGCUCGGGAGAUAAGGGGAAAGCACAGCAGCAGAAUCUUGGAGGAUCGACAAAACCAGCAACAGUUGGCCAAAACAAAAAUUUCAACGAAGGUAGCAGCCGGAAUCACAACAGAGGGCAGCCCCGAAACCAGUCCCAGAAUCCGUAUGCUAAGCCCAUGACGGACAUAUGUUACCGUUGCCAAAAACCAGGGCAUCGUUCUAAUGUUUGUCCAGAGCGGAAGCAGGCCAACUUUAUCGAAGAAGCCGAUGAAGAUGAGGAAAACGAUGAAGUCGGGGAAGAUGAUUAUGCAGGGGCUGAAUUUGCAGUUGAGGAAGGAAUGGAGAAGAUUACUUUGGUUAUGCAGAGAGUUCUUUUGGCACCAAAGGAGGAAGGGCAGCGUCAUAGUAUUUUUCGUUCCCUCUGCUCAAUCAAAAACAAGGUGUGUGAUGUGAUAGUCGACAAUGGAAGUUGCGAGAAUUUCGUGUCAAAGAAAUUGGUGGAGUAUUUGCAGCUAUCUACGGAGCCUCAUGUCAGCCCUUACUCACUAGGUUGGGUUAAAAAAGGCCCUUCGGUUCGUGUAGCUGAGACUUGCCGAGUGCCACUGUCAAUUGGUAAGCAUUACAGAGAUGAAAUAUUAUGUGAUGUUAUUGACAUGGAUGCAUGCCAUAUUUUGUUAGGGCGACCUUGGCAAUUUGAUGUGGAUGCAACUUUCAAGGGACGAGAUAAUGUAAUUCUAUUCUCUUGGAACAACCGGAAAAUUGCAAUGGCAACCACACAGCCCGCAAAGCAAUCUGUUGAGCCCAAGACAAGGAGUUCUAGUUUCCUAACCCUAAUUCGCAGCGAGCAGGAGUUGAACGAGGCUGUCAAAGAAGCGGAGUGUUUUUGUCCCUUGGUGUUGAAGGGGUUGUUGAAAAUUGGCGGAGGAGAAGGUGACAUUCCACAAGAUGUGCAGCAGAUUUUGAAUCAAUUUCAGGAACUUCUUUCUGAAAAUCUGCCAAACGAGUUGCCUCCUAUGCGGGACAUACAGCACCGAAUUGACUUGGUGCCUGGAGCUAGCCUUCCAAAUCUGCCCCAUUAUCGGAUGAGCCCCAAGGAGAAUGACAUCCUGAGAGAACAGAUUGAAGAAUUACUGCGGAAAGGAUUUAUCCGGGAGAGUUUGAGUCCCUGCGCAGUUCCUGUUUUGCUGGUUCCAAAGAAAGACAAAACUUGGCGAAUGUGUGUUGAUAGCCGGGCAAUCAACAAGAUAACAGUCAAGUACAGGUUUCCCAUUCCACGGUUAGAAGAUAUGCUAGACGUUCUUGGCGGCUCAAGGGUGUUUUCCAAGAUAGAUUUGCGAAGCGGAUACCACCAGAUUCGCAUACGACCUGGAGAUGAAUGGAAAACAGCGUUCAAGAGCAAGGACGGAUUAUUUGAAUGGUUGGUGAUGCCAUUCGGAUUGUCAAAUGCACCUAGCACUUUCAUGCGACUCAUGAAUCAGGUUCUUCGACCAUUUAUUGGUUCUUUUGUCGUUGUUUAUUUCGAUGACAUUUUAAUUUACAGUACCACAAAAGAAGAACAUCUUGUGCAUUUGAGACAAGUUUUAGAUGUGUUGAGAGAAAAUAAGCUGUAUGUGAACCUUAAAAAAUGUACUUUCUGCACAAAUAAGCUAUUGUUCUUGGGUUUUGUUGUUGGUGAGAAUGGUAUCCAGGUAGAUGACGAGAAGAUCAAGGCAAUCCUUGACUGGCCAGCUCCAAAGACAGUUUCUGAAGUUCGAAGCUUCCAUGGCUUGGCCACCUUUUACAGAAGAUUUGUGAAGCAUUUUAGCACCGUUGCUGCACCUAUCACGGAAUGUUUGAAGAAGGGCCGGUUCAGCUGGGGAGAGGAGCAAGAGAGAAGCUUUGCAGAAAUAAAAGAAAAGCUUUGCACCGCACCGGUUCUAGCUCUUCCAAACUUUGAGAAAGUUUUCGAAGUUGAAUGUGAUGCCAGCGGUGUGGGAGUCGGAGCUGUGCUCUCACAAGACAAGCGGCCAAUUGCGUUCUUUUCUGAAAAGUUGAGCGAUGCACGUCAAAAGUGGAGUACUUAUGACCAAGAGUUCUAUGCGGUUGUUCGAGCUUUGAAGCAAUGGGAGCACUAUCUUAUCCAGAAGGAAUUUGUUUUGUUUACAGAUCAUCAAGCGUUGAAGUAUAUUAACAGCCAGAAAAAUAUUGAUAAAAUGCAUGCUAGAUGGAUGACUUUUUUGCAGAAAUUUUCGUUCGUUAUCAAGCAUACUUCCGGCAAAACCAAUCGUGUGGCAGAUGCGCUGAGUAGGAGAGCUUCAUUAUUAGUCACGCUAACUCAAGAAGUUGUGGGGUUUGAAUGUCUGAAGGAAUUAUAUGCAGGUGACGAUGAUUUCCGGGAAAUUUGGAUUAAGUGCACUAAUCAAGAGCCAAUGGCAGAUUACUUUCUGAAUGAAGGUUAUUUGUUCAAAGGCAACCAGCUGUGUAUUCCAGUUUCUUCUUUAAGGGAGAAGCUCAUUCGGGACUUGCAUGGUGGAGGGUUGAGUGGCCACCUAGGCCGUGACAAAACAAUUGCAUUGAUGGAGGAGAGAUUUUACUGGCCACAGCUCAAACGUGAUGUUGGAACUAUUGUGCGCAAGUGCUACAUUUGUCAAACUUCGAAGGGGCAGGAUCUUGCUAUGGAUUUUGUCCUCGGAUUGCCCCGAACACAAAGGGGAGUGGACUCUGUAUUUGUGGUGGUUGAUCGGUUCUCAAAAAUGGCGCAUUUCAUAGCCUGCAAAAAGACUGCCGAUGCAUCAAAUAUAGCCAAACUGUUUUUCAGGGAGGUUGUUCGCUUGCAUGGGGUUCCUACAUCCAUUACAUCUGAUCGUGACACCAAGUUCUUGAGUCAUUUUUGGAUCACUUUGUGGAGACUGUUUGGGACUACUUUGAAUCGUAGCAGCACUGCCCAUCCCCAAACUGAUGGCCAGACUGAGGUUACAAACCGGACAUUGGGCAAUAUGGUGCGAAGCGUCUGUGGAGAGAAGCCGAAACAAUGGGAUUAUGCAUUACCGCAGGUGGAGUUUGCAUACAACAGUGCAGUCCAUAGCGCUACUGGGAAGUCUCCAUUUUCCAUUGUUUAUACUGCUAUACCUAACCAUGUUGUAGAUUUGGUGAAACUGCCUAGAGGCCAGCAAACCAGUAUGGCAGCGAAAAAUUUGGCUAAGGAAGUGGUAGCCGUUCGAGAUGAGGUCAAGCAGAAACUUGAGCAAACAAAUGCUAAGUACAAAGCUGCUGCGGAUAGGCAUCGACGUGUUAAAGUGUUUCAAGAAGGCGAUUCUGUGAUGAUAUUUCUGAGGAAGGAGAGGUUUCCAGUUGGCACUUACAGCAAGCUUAAACCGAAGAAAUAUGGUCCUUACAAAGUGCUCAAACGGAUCAAUGAUAAUGCCUAUGUUAUUGAGUUACCGGAUUCCAUGGGAAUUUCCAAUAUUUUUAAUGUUGCAGAUUUAUAUGAGUUCCGUGAAGAUGAGGUUCUUUAUCCAGAACAUAACUCGGGGACGAGUUCUUUGGAGGUGGAGAGGACUGAUGUAGAACAGAUGGCAGAUUUUAUCGCGGUUGAGCAAGAAAAGGGACGUGGUGGGAAUUUGCAGAAUUGUCGUCCGAGCUCCGAUUAG